CAUAAAGUGUGCAGCAGCUCUCCACGUCCCACUUUUUGUUCAAGCGUCACUUUCACAAGUUGCCACGAAUACACAGACAGCGGCAUGAUGUGGAGGUUAGUAAGCUGCACACUGUGCCUCUUGGUCUCUGCUCAGCUAUCUCUAUUGUGUGUGUGGGCCUCAGCAGCCGAGCUGGAUGGAGAAGUGAAGAUAGAAGUAGUGUACAAACCCGACGAGUGCACUCAGAAGAGCAAAAGAGGAGAUCUGAUAAACGUCCACUACGAUGGCUUCCUUGCCAAAGAUGGUUCUCAGUUCUACUGCAGUCGGUCAGACAAAACCGGGCACCCCCAGUGGUUCGUCCUGGGUGUGGGACAGGUCAUUAAGGGCCUGGACCUAGGGAUGGAAGAUAUGUGUCCUGGAGAGAAACGAAAAAUAACUGUCCCACCCGGCCUGGCCUUUGGAGAGAAAGGCAAAGGUGAGUGAAUGCAGCACACA